CAACCCGAAACCCCGAGAUAUAGAGAGCAAAAAAACCGUGUGCACCGUCGCAGCACGAACCCCACCAACCCCAACCCGACCCAAUUCCUAGGAAGGGCGAGAGCUCGUGGAGGCGAUGGCGUCCCCGGCGGUGACGAACCUGGAGGACGUGCCGUCCCUGGAUCUGAUGCACGAGCUGCUCCGCCGCAUGAAAUGCAGCUCCAAGCCCGACAAGCGCCUCAUCCUCGUCGGUCCACCAGGCUCUGGAAAGGGAACACAGUCUCCCCUUAUCAAGGAUGAGUAUUGCUUAUGCCAUUUAGCCACCGGUGAUAUGUUGAGAGCUGCUGUUGCUGCUAAGACUCCGUUGGGAAUUAGGGCAAAAGAAGCAAUGGAUAAGGGAGAGCUUGUUUCUGAUGACUUGGUCGUUGGCAUUAUUGAUGAAGCUAUGAAGAAACCGUCAUGCCAAAAGGGUUUCAUUCUUGAUGGAUUCCCUCGCACUGUUGUUCAAGCACAGAAGCUUGAUGAGAUGCUGGAAAAGAAGGGUUCCAAGGUUGACAAGGUUCUUAACUUUGCCAUUGAUGAUGCAAUUUUGGAAGAAAGAAUUACUGGCCGGUGGAUCCAUCCAUCUAGUGGUAGGAGUUACCACACAAAGUUUGCACCCCCAAAGGUUCCUGGAGUUGAUGAUGUCACCGGCGAACCACUGAUUCAAAGAAAAGAUGAUACAGCCGAGGUUUUGAAGUCUAGACUUGAAGCCUUCCACAGACAAACUGAACCAGUGAUCGACUACUACUCCAAGAAGAGCUUAGUGGCGAACCUUCAUGCCGAGAAGCCACCGAAGGAAGUGACCGUUGAGGUCCAGAAAGCCCUCUCUUGACGUACCACCACCAUUUCGGAGUUCAAUUUGCAAAACUCUUAUCAGAUUUGAUGAUGUUGUAGAGGUUCAAAUUGAUACUGACAUGCCAAGGUUUAGAGUUUUUCUUUUCCAUCUUCUGACACUGGUCAGAUUUGAUGAGCACGGUAAACUUUUCCGUGUUUUGUUCGAAUAAUCUCUUUGGCAUGACGGGACGAUGCUCUGUACCGACACUGACAAUUACAGCGAGUUCACUAUUUGAAUUUUGACAAAA